CCUGAACCUUCCCCGGUCCGAAGCAGAACACUUCAUGACAUCCCCACCAGCCAACAAAGGGGCCUACCCAGUGUACAUCCUUGAAGUUGGAUACACCUCUGACCUGCACCACAGCGAGAAGCUCAUUCAAAAACAAGCACAGCACGCCGCCCUUGCCACUGCCAUCCAUGCCGUGCCCGGCGCCAGCACAGCAGGCGGGGGGUUCGGGGAACCAGCCGGCGGCACAGUCACGGCUGGCGGAGUGGGAGGCGGAGUGGCAGCGUGCAGCGGCGCAGCUGACCACCACGGCGGCGCAGCACUUCCACAAUAACCCGGUGGCUCUGGACCCCUGGCUCCACCGCACCUCCACGGCAGCCGGGCAGCAGAACACGCCGGCGAGAGAGCUGCAGUCGUAUGCAUCACCGUCCCAGCAGUCGGCGGCGCCGCCAGUGACGGACGCGGCCUUCAUGCUGGGUGACGACAUGGGUGUGUGGCCCUCAUCUUAAGCACCCAAUCCCACAUCACCGGAUCGCUAACUCAGUUAGCGAUUUGACUCGUCCUUACGGCAGAAGGGACCCGGGUACGAAUCCGGAUAAAAGCCCAAUUAUGCAAAAGGCGAAAGAUUGGUGCGAAACCGAUUGGUGAUCCCACGAACGAUGGGUAAUUGCCCUUAGUGGCAAUUGUGGGCUUGUGCCCGCUGCAACCUAGAAAGGUCGUGGUGCAGAAGUCCGAUUUAGUGGCGAGGUCCAAGGUUCAAGACAAGGCUCAAGAUCCAAGGCUCGAAGAGGAGCGCCAUGGCUCCUCGGUUUGCACGAACUGGCAGUGCUCCACUACUAUAACGCGGCGUUUCCCUAGCUCGAUAUGCUAGGUGUGCAGGCUUGGAUGUAGUGGACUUUGAAGAGCGGCCUAGGACUUGGAGGUUGUAGUUUCGGAGGUUGUGACUCUUUCGUGGUGAGGCGUCAGCGUGAGGGGGGCGGGCCCUCUCGCCCUAGUCACCUUGCCCCGUUAAUCCAUGCCAGGCCCUAUGGGCCAGCGUUGUAAUUAUUAUUAUUA